GCUCUUUGCUGUCUCGCUCGCUCUUUUCUUUCGACUUUAUGAACAUGACGCACUGACAAUUUGCCAUCAACUGUGAAUCGUGAAUAUAAAAGGAAAUGUCGUGAUAAAUAGAACUUCUCUUUCGAAGUUUGUGUAUAUGUAUAAAAUAAUAUUUUUUUUUUCUUAUAUUCCAUUUCGAAUACAAAACUUUUGGUUAGUUUUUUCGGUCUUUUUCCGUUUUUAUUUUUGUUUCUUUUUUUUUUUUUGUGAUUCGAAAAUUGUGUGCACCAUUCGCUUAUUUUAAGAAUCUCUCCCCGAAAUAGUGAAGUUGGAUGGAAGGAAAGAAAGUGAUAAAUCAGAUGCUUAAUACGAACAAUAUAUUGUGUGAAAGGAAAAUACGAACAAUAUACAUCGGGAAUUUAAAUCAAACGAAAAAGAAAACAAAACGAAGAAGAGACCUGAGUACAAUCAGUUUCUUCGUUCGUUGAUAGAUAUUGUGAGAGUGAAAAAACGAAAGAAAUUAAAAAAAAAAAAUCGUUCGACCAAAAUGCCAUAUCAAAGUGAGAAGCAAUUUUCAGAAAAUUAAUUGGCAGGAAAUAUGUUGUGGUGGUGGUUUGUUUGAACCAAAUAUCAUAAUGUCCAUUUAAUACGAUUUUAGUGGAUUAAAUGAAUGAACGAAAGGAAAACGAAACCAAACACGUACGUUUAGCAUUUGUUGGGUUUUAGUGCAAUCAAUAACAAUAAUAAACAUUAAAGAAUUUAAAAGAAACAACUUGAACACGAACUGCCUCAACAAUUUUCUCUUCUAUCCGCGAUCUUUAAGUUUGGUGUCAACAAUAUUCACCGAACGAAAAAUCGACAAUGGAUAACAUACCGAAUUGGCGAAAUCAUUGAUAAAACUGUGAACAUCAGCCAAGAGCGCUGACAUACAUGAACGAAACAUUUCGAGCAUAUAUAUAUAUAUAUAUAUAAGCAUGCUUCUUAUAUACUUGCAUGUGUAUAUCCGAAGGAAGAGAUAGUGUUUGAAUUUGUUUCUUUUUUUUUUUGUUGGAACUAAUGUCAAAUAUUUCCAUUUCGACGCAUAAAAUAUGCAAGUGAUAUUAGUGAAACUAGAAAUUGUUUAGGUUUUGGUAUCCCAAACAAUUAAUUCAAAGUGAAAAACACAUUCAUUUUUUCGAAAUAGUCAACUGGUGGUGUUGGUUUAGCUUCUUCUUUUUUUUGUCAUUCGUAUGGUAAUGUUUAUCAAAAGUGCUACUGAAGAAACAUCCUCAGCCCAAUUCCUUUCAUGGAGUCAAUGGGCAAUUGAAUGAAAUGAAUAGGCUUAAAAUGGAUGUAUUUCACACGAGCGAAUUCAAUAUAAUUACAUCCACACAAGCACAAAUUCAAAGUCCUCCAACGCGUUAAAAGCAGCAACAAAAACAACAAUAAGAAGGGAGAGAAAAAUUGGAUUACGUUGAGAAUGUGUCAAUUGAAUUUAAUAGAAAACACGCAAAUCGAUUACACGAGAGGAAACGAGACGAAAUUAAAUGCAAUCGAAGUUAUCGAUUUCUGAAGCUGAUGCUGAAGAGAAAUACCAACCAACACAAAAUACCAACAACAAGUCGAAUCAAACGAGAGAGUGAGAACUAUUUAUACGAAUGGAUUCACACGAAACGGAUUCGAAGUCGUCAAGGAAUUUUAAUAAACUAACGGAACAAGUAGUCACCAACCGCUCGAUUGAUGCCGACACAAAUGCGAUACUGAACAGUAGUGCCAAUACGAACGAAUACAAGGGCAUUGACGUUACUGUCCAAUCCAACCGCGAUCACAAUGUACCUGAUAAUUCACAACAACUGCAUCAUUCGCAUCAAUCGAAAGUGCCACAUACACGAUCUACAUCGAUGACCGGCGAUGUGGUCGCUUCUACAUCGGAUCAGGCCAUUACUGGCAUAUCAUCACGCAAAAGCAAACAACGGAAAUCCGACUCAUCAUCAUCGUCACCAGCCAUGUCGCCAUCAUAUAUACAAAACAAGCAAUAUCGUACGAAUACGCCGCGAAACGUAGAUCUUAUUGAAAAUGUGAUGCAUUCAAAUGACAAUAAAGAGAAUGUUCCUGGCAUUCAUGCUCAGUAUGGCAGCGCAACCACCGAACAUCGUUUGGAUUCGCCAAAAUUUGCGCUACAACAAAAUUCACCAAAUACACCAUUAUCAAGCUAUAAAAGUCCGUGUCCAAGUACACAUUCAUCGCCAAUGUAUACCGCACACGAGCCACGAACCGAUUGUAAUAUUUUCACCUAUUCACCCCUUAUCACCGAACCGUUCAAAAAUUCGACAUAUUUUCAUUUUCCCGAUGUCGAUACACCAUCACCGAUUGCUUUGGCGACUUCCCAAGAGGCAUCUCGAGCACAUUCUCAACUGUCGGCCACAUCAUUCAGUACACUUAACAAUAACAAUAUGAUCAUUGCAACGGAUGACAAGAAAAAUAACCAAGCCACAUUGAUGAACAACAAUAAUAACAACAAUUACAACAGAAGCAAUUAUAGCAGCAACAACAUUCAAAUCGGAGCACCGGAUGAGUGUUGCAGCAGUGCACCAAAGGUAAAGGCGAAAGAGGCAGCUGUGCGACGGGCUCGUUUAAAGUCGAUUUCCUUGGAUUCGGAUGGUGCACGUUUGGUUGAAGAGAAUCUGUGCAUACCCGUUGAAGAGCUGAUGGAACGAGCUCUUGCACAAACCGCAUCAUCAUUUGAUGAAGACACACCAUUUCAUUCGCCGGCCAAUUUAACGUCAUCCGAACAUCAAUCGCACACAAAAUGUUUAUCGAAAAAUAUCAAUCAUUUGGUGUUGGAUCUAUCGAUUAAAGACGAUUCAUUGCCAAAUGUUGACUAUCAAUCGUCGCCAAGCGACACAAAAGAUGAACAUUUCAAAUUUUCAAUGUCGAGGUCAAAAUCGACCACACCAAAAACACCAACGCUAACACAAACGCGACAGAAGGCAAUUUCAUUGGAUUCCGAUCCAAAAUACGAAAAGGAGCCAUCGAUUUCACUGGAACGCGGCGCUCACACACCCAGUGCUGGUAACAGUCAAUUGGCAAUAAUGCGAAGCAAACCACAUUUGAUGCCGAAUUUUCUGUGUGUCGAGAGUAAUGCGUCGAUGUCGGUGCCGACAACGCCGAGGCGACAGCAACUGGUGAAAAAUACGCUAAGCAAACUGAAUACAAACAAUAGUAAGGGUGUUGGUAGUCGAAAAACUGGAUUCGCAUCGAGUGCCGAGUACUUUGCGAGCAAAAAGGCCAACGAACGGAAAUGCAAUGAAAAAUUGCAAUUAAAUCCGGAAACGGAGCCAAUACUUGAGGGAACGGUCGUCGAUUAUUAUGACGAUGUGUAUGCCAUUGAGCAUGAGAAUACGAGCAGCUUUGAAACCAGCACGGACGAUGUUGAUUGUGACAUAAUUUGCGGUUCGGCAAAUAGUUUAAUCAGUAAUUGUGGCGGCACCAGCGGAACAAACAAUCAUAGUAAUAAUAAUUCUGGCAGCAAUUUUUCGGGUUUCCGAAGUAAUAUGAGUGCGGCUGGAUUAAGCUUAUCAAAUUACAGUUUAUCAAAUUUUCAAGGGUCACACUGCAGUUUGACGCGUUCCAACUACAAUAUAUUCGGAAUGACAUCGGCGGCAGCUGCGACGACGACACCGAUGGCAACGGUACCGGCAAGUAAUAGUCAAACUAUACCUCCUGUCAAAACGAGUGCAGCGAGCAGCAAAUGUUUUGCACCAUCCACGCAACCAUACCAACCGGCAACGAUUGCGAGUAGUGGCACAACGGUGCCGGGCUCACGAUCGAAUUUCUGCAUGAAAAAGAAUUUGUUGCAGCGUCGCGGUUCGAAUACGAGUUUGACAUUGAACAUUGUUGGCGGUACACAUGCACCGGGCAUAACGAUGCAAUCAACUCUCAAUCGCUUUAACAGUCACAAUGCGUUGAAUGCGAUGAGCACACCGUUUGAUAUGCAGCGCGCCAAUACCACAAUAGCAACGGCGAAAAAAGGUUUGCUCGAGCGACGAAACUCAAAUGCCAGUCUAACGCUGCAGUUGGAAUGCCGAUCGAAUAUACAAAAACGAGCGCUAAGCACAUCCAAUUGCUAUUUGCGUGGAUCAGAUUUGAGCCUGAGCAGUAGCAAUAAUUUUGAAUCUCAUUUGGAAGAGCAUCGAAUCUGUACGAUGUGCGGUGGCGAUGGAAUACUAAAAGCCAAAAACACAAAACGUUCAACAUCGGCAUCUGGAUGCAAUAGCGAAAGUCGACGUAGUGAAACCCACUACCAAACUAAUGAUGAUGGCACCGAAGAUGCACUGAAUGAAAAGAAAUCGAUGAGCUUCACGGACCAGCGAUCGAAAACGAAUCGCAGUGGACGAAGAAAAUUCUUUAGUUCAGAAAAUUUGAAUAUUCAUCAAACAUUUUCGCUGAGCCAGGCACCGAUAAAAACUAGUUCGGUGGUCGAUUUAAAUCAAUCGAAUAGCGAAAUGGAUGAUGUGUACGAUGAUCAAGAGACAUCAUAUUGCCCAUGUACAACAUCCAUCAUACGAAAUAUCACCACAAAACCGUUAAGUCCACAAACCACUUCGGAAGAUUUUAAAAUUUAUUUGGCCAACAUUCAAAUACUACAAAAUGCAUCGAAUCUUUUAACCGAUCAUAAAUUAACAACGCUUAGCAAUGUAUUUAAUCGAAGCUAUGGACGGUCGACAGUGAACGAUGAGAAACCGUGCGACGCAUGUGAAACGUGUACAAUUUGUAAAACGUGUAAAGAAUGCCUGACAAAAUGUCGCUGUGAACAAAAUUGCUUACUUACCAAUUUGCAUCAGGAAUUUUGGGAUUUACCUACCAAUUACCAGGAGAAACCAUUGGUUUUCGGAUCACAAGUGAAAAAUCGCUAUAAAACCAUUCUACCCAAUGAACAUUCGCGCGUGAUUCUCGAAGCAGAAGUCGAUUCAACUAGUCAAGCGAAAGAGCAACCCACGUCGGAACUCUAUAUCAACGCUAACUAUAUUAAGGGCCCUGAUUAUACUCAGAACUCGUACAUCGCAACACAAGGACCCAUGACAAACACCAUUUAUGAUUUCUGGUUAAUGGUUUACCAAAAUUACAAAAAGAACCUGAAGUCAACCGCGGACAAUGUGGAUUUACCAUUUCAGCAAAAGAUUGCAAUGCUUACCGAUAUUAUUGAAAAUGAUGAAUCGAAAUGUGCCAUCUAUUUUCCACAAAACACCAGCAAAUUCCUUUGCUUUUUGAGCAACGAAGAGCGACGCCACAAAGAUUGUCAGCAAUCGCAGUCACAACUUGAAGCUUAUUUCGCUGAAAAUGAUCAUGAAUGGUUCAAUUUAGUGCAACCAAAUGAAAUUCACACGGAAGUUAUCGUUGAUGAUAAUUGGCCCAAUUUUCCCGCGUUUAAUUUCAAUUUCUUUAGCAUAAAAACCGUUGACUGUCUCAACAAAGGCGGAUACACGAUUCGAAAAUUCCAUUGUCUGUACCAUACAUUCGAACGACUCCAUAAAACUGACACAAUGACGAGCGAGGCACAAUCAAUUCCAUCGAACGUCGAUGAUGGCGCCAUUGAGCGUAAGGUACAUUUGUUUUUGGUGUAUCAUUACUGGUUUCCACAUUGGCCCGAUCAUCGGUCACCCGAAAAUAUCGACGUUGUACUCGAUAUGUGCAUCAAUCUUAUCGAUUCAGAUUGUGAACAAGAAUUGUUGUCCGCACGCAAUGAUCUCUCGGCCGACGCAGCUAAUAAUCCAACCGAUGAGGACGAUUUCACUCAACCAACCACUUCCAAUGAACUGCAAACCAACAUAAAAUGGCAUAGUAUGCCAAUGAUGCUGAAUCAAGUACCAUUCAACGGAGCAAUCCCAAUCAUUCAUUGCUCUGCUGGAAUUGGUCGAACGGGCUGUGUAGCGGCAAUUUUAAAUGGUUUACGUCAAUUACGGCUAAGCUAUUUAUCAUCGUCAACAUCGUCAGCUCUAAAUGCUGACACAACGAAACAUGCAUCGGUUGAUGUGUUGGGCAUCGUAAGCAAUUUGAGGCUACAGCGUGGUGGAAUGGUGCAAAAUAGCGAACAGUACGAGUUAAUUCAUCGAGCUUUAUGCCUAUAUCAUCAACGCUACUUAUCGAAAUAAAAGCAAAUUUUUAGAUGUUUUUAACAAUUUGAUGUCAAAAUGAAGAUGAAGACGAAAAAAAAAUAACAAACAAAAAAAAUCGAAGAAGAAUCAGAAUUAUUAAGUAUGGAUCAAUUGUUUUUUUUUUUUAAAUGUGGUAUUUCCUUUUUUGUAAACAAUGAUGAGUUGAAAUAACAAAAUAUCGAAAACAUUUAUUCCGAUUUUUUGCGGAUGUUGUUUUGUUUAUGUCGUGGCGCUAACUUUUGAUGUUUUCAUUGAAUAAUUUUUGGCGCAUAGGCUUUUGUCCCACACCAUCGGCAUAAACAAGACGAUUUCACACAAAAUACAACGUACAAUUACGUUUUGUUGUUUGGAUUUCACUUUGUGUGUAAAUUUUGCAUCUGAAUUCCACCACAUACAAAAAUACAACAUUAAAUAUGUAUACAAAUUGUUUAGUUGGUCGUAUAAAUGAACAAAUUUUAUUAGUGAAAUGACAACAACACCAAAUUGAUUCACUGUAUUCAUUGAUGAUUGUGUGAUGUAUUCCUAUUUUUUUAAUAUGUGAAUGAAAAGAAAGAGAAAAAAAAAACGAUCAAUUUUUAUUUUAAAAAAACACACACACCUAGCAUGGUAUUGAUGACGUAUUUUCUUUUUUAUGUGUAAUUUUUUCUUUUCGUUCUUCUGAGGAAACAGAGCUAAUUUGAUUUACAUUUAUUUACAUUCAAAUACAUUUUCAUUUCGGAUACAAAAAAAAUUCUUACUCGGUUUCCCACAUUUACAUACAUAGGCCAUAUCUAUUUACCCUGUUUUAUUUUUUAAAAUACACUCACACACAAAAUCGAAUGCUUGCGCUAAACGAAAACACAACCAUAUUUUGGUUUUUUUUUCCCAUUCUUUCGGCAAAGAACAACAUUAUACAUAAAUAUUUUUUGAACCAAAUCUUCCAAAUUCAUUGAGUUGGAAACAAAACAAUGAUUGUUUUAAUAUGAUAUGUAACACCUAAUACAAUGGGAUCGUUCGCUUUUGAUGUCCAUAAUUUUGAAUUUUGAAUCAAUAUCAUCAGUCACAGCAACACACGAUAAUAACAUAAACAAUUUCUUUCUUUGCUUUUUUGUGAAUUCUUCAUGUGCCACGAGCACUCAUCAUACCGAAAACCGUUCUUUUCGGUUAGCACUGUCUUUCUUUUUUGUACAAUAUUAUUUCCAGUAUAUUGUUUUUUUGUUAGUUUUUCUGAAUAUUUUUCUCUCUUUUCUAUUGUUAAGAUGAACAAAAAAAAAAAAUGCCGUCUAAUCUUAUCAAUUUGGACAAAGCAAAUGAUGAAGCAGACCGUAAAUGAGAUUAUAUAGAUAUUUUUAGUUAAUUUAUACAGAAUUUGUCAUUUUCGAAUAAAUUUGAAAUUCUUCCAGCUUACCUUGUUCAAUUUUAUACCAUAGAACCUAUGAAUAAGUGUAUGUGCGGUGCGCUGAUUUGACAAUUGUACAUUUCCAUCGGAAAACAAUGAAUUAUUUUGGAAAUUGUAUCGAUAUUGAUCACGGUUAAAUACAUUUGUUUGGAAUCAAUAGAUAGAUUGAUGUUAUGGAUGGGGUUCGGUACAGUUUCUUGUUGUUAUUCGAUGAAAAUUCCUCGCAUUUUUGGUUCAGUGCACUCAAGAAGAUUUGCAUAAAUCAGUGCCUAGAAUAAGCUUCAAUCGUUUACCCCAACCGCGAAAAUGGAACAAGAAUUGACCAUAGUUUCAUGAACUCCUCCCCCCCCCCCACACACACACACACACACAUGAAGUCCAAUUCCCGAAUGGCGCUUGAUCGAAAUGCUUUCGUGUGAUACAAUAUCGAUUGGAAUCGUAUUGACGAUGUCUAAACUAAACGAAAUAAAAUGAAAAUAUAUCAUAAACGAAUGACAAUUUAUGUUAAUAGAAAAUAGGGGACAAAUUAUAAGCUCGGUUUCGUGAAACGAUAAAAACCAUAUUUUGAAGCUGGUUUCUCUGUAUGGCUAUGGAUGUCAAUUCUAAAAAUUAAUUAUCCCAUUGUUUACAUAAAUAUACUAUAUAGGGGAAAAAAGAUGUGAAAUUCAUUAUGUAUUUGCUCGUCUAAAAAUAUUGAACUAUAACAGAAACUAAUUUAUUCGAGGACGAUGUAACAGUCGAACUCCAGGGAACGCUACUUAUUUUAGGCACUGAUACGAGUAUCGUUCAUAUAAGAAUUUAUGACAAAAAGUAAAUAUAUUCAUAGACAAAUUGAAAAGAAAACUUUAUGGAAAGUGACAUCAAAAUCACUGUAAACAACAAACCUGUACCUACUGUGUGAAUUUUUAAAUAAACAAACCAUAAUAAUUCAAUGAAAUAAAAA